AAAGGGCAACAAUCGCGCUGUGUUGGGGUAAUUGCAUGCGACCUUUGAACCGUAAUAGCCCCCAAAGCAUAAAAACUUCUCGCUACACAUAUACCUACGAAAACCGAGUUUGGGAGCAAUGUCCGGCCCCGUUUACGCCACGAAUCCCGACGAGGAUGAGUUGGACGAGGAGGCCUACCUGCGGGCGGAAAUUGAGGACAUCCAGGAGCCUAUCGACUUUGGCUUAGUCUAUGCCUUGCAUACUUUCAUUGCGAACUUGGAGGGCCAAGUCUGCGUGCUAAAAGGGGAUUCGUUGGAGUUGCUGGACGACUCCAAUUCCUACUGGUGGUUGGUCAAGUGUUUGAAAACCCAUGAGAUAGGGUAUAUACCAGCAGAGAAUAUCGAGACACCAUCAGAGCGGCUGGCACGAUUGAAUAAAUUCAAGAAUGUUGGGGUAUCUGCAAUCCACGAGGAGGACAUGCGGCCCAUCACACCUGUACCGCCUGGGAGCCGUAGGAACAUUGUGUUUCCGGAGAACUUUGUGGAGUACAUCUACUGCACCGAUGAUGAAUCGUCAGAGGGGUCGAGUGAAGAUGAGGAACCUCCAGCUGCGGACACGUUGCAAAGACAGAAACCGAACACCGCGUCUUUAAGUCGAAACUUUUUGUCGAAACUUCUUUCGCGAUCGAAAAAAGCGAAGGACAGCGUUUCGUCGUCGUCCACAAGGUCGUCUACGAGAUCGCUGGAACGGCCGACUCUGGAUAAAGCGUUUGAGCAACCGCAAACAGCAAAGGACCCGAUCAACGUCCUGCGGAUAUAUGCCGGAAACGUUGAUCUGAAGGCGACGUUCAAAUCCGUCGCGUUGACCCCAACAUUGACCGCGAAAGAGCUCCUCGUUACGGCACUAAAACGAUUCCGAGUGCCAGGGGUGACACCGGAUGAGUACUAUGUGAGCGUUCUUCACAUGGAUGCACAGGAGCGACGAUUGGGAGAAAACGAUAAAGUAUAUGACGUCCUGGAGGAGCUGAGGCACAAAAACCUACCGGGCGUAGGCGACUCGGCUUCCGUCUCGAAGGUGGUCAACAGCUCGGAGGGCAAGAGCAGCGUACGGCUUACCGACGACAACAUCAUCAAAGUCCUCAUCAACAAGAAGCUCAAUCUGUUUGAGAAGAACUACCACUUGAUCCGGAUAUUUAUGUACGACAAUUCUGAUCCUACUGGUCAGAUGCGAACGUACAAGACACUUGGGGUCAAUAGCAACACCACCGUUGGAGAGAUGACCGAGGUCGCUAUCAAAAAGUUCAAGCUGACACCACAUCCCCAGUACCGAUAUACGCUGAGCUCAAUCUUUGAGAACCAAGAAACCGAGAGGGAGGAAGCUGAGAAACUAUACCCAAUAUUGAUGUCAGCGCAAGGGAGCACUGAGGAAAUCGACUUCUUACUGCGCAGAGUAUGGAUUGGCUAUGGGCCAGCGCCAACCCAACCGACCGAGCCCGCCGAAGAGGCAAGCGAAGCUCGCGACGAAGCCAACAUCCAAAACAUCCUAACCUCGAAGCCCGCCUUUUUGAAAGAGGCACCAGCAGCGGUAGAACACGCAGACAGCGGGAUGUUACGCGACAUGCAGCUGGGAAGUAGCUAUUCGAGCGACACUAUGGACAGCGACAUCUCGCGGACGCAGAGUAUGAGUGACAUUGUGAAUAGCGCGAUGCACAGCCGGCAGACAUCCCAAAACGAUCUUCGACCGGGGCACUCUCAUGGCGAUGGUGACGGGGCUUCGGCGAAUCGGGUACAGCCCCAACGUGUGGGAGCUUCACAUCGAGGAAACUUCUCGCAACCAUCUGCCGCGGUGGCCCCCGAUUCCGUUCCAACACCAGCCGUGACGUCUCGGAAGAGCUCAUUACAUCACGAUCCAAACAGCGUUCCCUCUUCACAACAAGGCCUUGAUAAGCCAUUGCCGAUACCGGCAAAUCGGGGAUCGGACAGCAACGGUCCCCAGAACCUUUCCAAGUUGCCACCGCCGCGCGAUAACGUGGAUCCACGACCACACAACGAAUACAGGAAUGGCCCGCAUUUGUCAGCGGUCCAACAUCGGUCGGCGGUCUCGUCGGUCACAUCACCUCUCAGUGAUGGAGCCUCACCAGACUCGGAAACCAGCACAAAGACGAAUAUUGAGACGAUGGAACAAUAUUUGGAGGAAAUUAUCCGAGGUGGAGCGGAUGUUGGUAAAUUGCGGGCACUGGAGCAAAAGAUGAAAAGCGGGUUGCAUGCACCGCCAGAUCCCAACUCGCUGCCUAUUCCAUCGCCGCAAGGGAAAUAUGACGACUCUGGCCUCGAACAGAUUCUGCGGAGACGGACAUCGUCCGGGGGUGCCGCCAUUCGCCAGCCAUCCGUUCCUCGUCGUGGGUCAAGCCAUGCUGCAAACAUCAUGUCGGUGUAUGACGACAUGGCUGCUGAGCUGGAUGAGUCCAUCAAGCGGACGUCGAGGACAUCGGAAUCGGAAUCCGCUGGAUCACCAAAGACAUUACCGGAUUCCCAUAACAACUCCGAUCGGAAAGGAAAAGGUGGCAUGUCACCCGCCAAAGUCUCUGGACAUUCCCCAUCUUCAACAACAGCACCAAACGGGCAGCACACACAUUCACCCGACCGGCCACUUCCCGAAUCACCCGCACUGUCACAUCUGAUCCCGAAGAGCGGACAGAACACGGCUUCAUGGCCGUUUGAAGUGAAGAAGGACGACGCAACAAAGCCACGGUCGUCUACGCCGCAGAACGGGACCGCCACACCGCCCACGAAUGGCGCCACUACCGGUGCCCAACCUGGCAACGCCGAGGUUGCAGCCAUGUUUGAUGCGAUGCAGCAGUAGAAGCAAUGGCGCGAACUCCGACAUCCACAUGAUGUAGUAUC